CCCCGCGCCCGCCGGGCCCUGCGCGCCCGGCUGCGCCCCCGGCCCCGCGCCGCUUCCACCUGCUGCUGAUGUUCACCAAGGCGGCGCGCAGCCCGGCGCUGCAGGCGCGGGGCCAGGCUGCGCUGCGCUCCCUGCUGCGCCACGCGAGCUUCGAGCCCGGCCAGGUGCUGCACCUGCACUUCGUGAGCGAGCCGCCCAGCCGCGAGAUCGCCCGGGGGCUGCUGCGCCCGCUGCUGCCGGGGCUCCCCUUCCAGUGCCAGGUAAUAUUCCAUGACGUGGACGUGCUGACAGAACAGCUGUUUCCAGUAGUGGAGGCCAUGCAGAAACACUUCAGUGCUGGCUCCGGGUCCUACUACAGCGACUCCAUCUUCUUCCUGUCGGUGGCCAUGCACCGCAUCAUGCCCACAGAGAUAGAACGGAUAAUCCAGCUGGACUUGGACCUGAAGUACAAGACCAACAUCCGAGAGCUGUUCGAGGAGUUUGACCAUUUCCUGCAAGGAGCCGUCAUUGGGAUAGCCAGAGAGAUGCAGCCUGUCUACAGGCACACGUUCUGGCAGUUCCGGCGUGAGAACCCCCAGACCAAGGUGGGCGAACCCCCUCCUGACGGCCUGCCUGGCUUUAACAGCGGGGUCAUGCUGCUCAACCUGGAAGCCAUGCGCCAGUCCCAGCUCUACAACCAGUUGCUGGAGCCAGACAUGGUGCGGCAGCUCACGGAGAAGUACCACUUCAAGGGCCACCUGGGGGACCAGGACUUCUUCACAAUGAUUGGCAUGGAGCACCCCGAGCUGUUCCACGUGCUGGACUGCACCUGGAACCGGCAGCUUUGCUCCUGGUGGAGGGAGCACGGGUACAGCGACGUGUUCGAUCAGUACUUCCGGUGCGAGGGCCAAGUCAGAAUCUACCACGGGAACUGCAACACGCCGAUCCCCGAGGACUAGGCCGCCCGUCGCUCCGCAGGGUGAUGGGAGCAGCAGCUCGUGAAGUGUGUGCACCAGUGCCCCAUGCAAAGGUGUCCCCACCCCAUUGUGCGCUGAGCUCCCGUGCCUCACUCCAGCUGUUCCAGGAACAUUCCAAGGCCUCUCACCUCAGGGAGGAAGUGCAGUCUAGUGGUUAAACCAAGGCACCUGGGUUCUGCUCCCAACUCAGACACUGACAUGGCUACGUGAGGUUGGGCAAAGCAUGUCGCUCCUCCAUGCCACAGUUUCCCUACUUGUAAAAUGGGGCUAAUAAUAUUUACCCUCCUCCCACUGUGCUGUGAGGCUCAAUUAGUUAGAGUGGUGAAAGCCCCUACAUACAUGCAAAGUAUGCCGGGUCAGUGCAACGGCCCGCAGCACCGCCUGCCCUCACGUCCUGGGUGCGCCGCCCUGUGGGAUAGGGAUAGCACCUCAUUUGAUACUGACAGCGUCAAUGGUUGCACAGUGUUCAUGAGCAUUGCAUUGUUCUUUACGGUAGCCUACAUCAGGGACCAUCACUCGGUGACCUAUUUCUAUGUCUAAUGCAGGGCGAGAAGAUGCCGUCUCCAGCCUGGCCUCAUUUAGAAUAAAAGCCAAACGAGACUUUGGAAAGACUGAUUUGUGCUGAUGAAAUUACAAAGCUGCAUUAACACUGGGUUACUCCUGGACCAAAAUUGAAUCCAAAUGAGCUUUAAAGCCUUCCCUUGGUUCUUCCUAGUGCUAAAAGCUUUACUGCUGUUCUCAUCUUAGAACCAUGCAGAGUGUGGACGAGUGUGUUCUUUUUUACUAGCUCUUCCAUUAACCUUUUAUGCUAGAAUAAAGGUGCAGAUGUAAAACA